AUGAUGUGGGAAUUGAAUAAGACGCUUUUUGACCAAAAGCCACCAGCCAAGCCACCAGCCAGGCCCCUUGCCGUUCCAGGCGGGGCUAAACCUGAGAAUGUCCCCGUUGCCCCGGGUGUUGGUGGCCCGCAGCAAUUAUUGAUGGCUCCUGAUGUCAAAAUCCUUGCCAGUCAUGGGGCCAGCCCACGAGCUGAAGUUGAGUGGUCCCGGGAAGCCCACAAAUCCCUCCUUUGUGCCCACUCGGAAUAUUUUCGAUCCUUGCUGACGCAUGAUGGGGGGUCUUUUGACACAGAUUUGGUGGAUGAAGCCUCCACUUCUGACAACAAGGCUGAGCAGGCAAAGGUCGAGCGCAUCAUUCUCCGUCUUGACUCGUCUCAGUUCACCGAAGAAACAAUGCGAUUGUUGUUGUCUUACUGCUAUGGGCGGAGUCUGCAUGGAACGUCCGUGGAAAACCUGCUAGAGUUGGUGGAUGGCGCCGCUUACAUGGGCAUGACUUCUUUCUCUCUUCGAUUUGAAGAGUCCCUGGUGGCAAAGCUGAAAUCUGAGAACGUAGCCCAAUGUAUACAUUUGCCGAGGAACACAGAGCAAAGCGACAGUCCUUGGGAUGCCACAAGUAUCUAUGUCAGAACGUGA